AUGCAUAUGAACAAUCCAAAUUCGCGCAAGAAGAGCAUGCGUGCCAGUCAGGCCUGCGAUAGAUGCCGUGAGCGUAAGUCCAAAUGCGAUGAGAAUCGCCCUUGUGCAACCUGCAAGGAACAGAAUUUCGAGUGUAAUUACAAGGACACACAUCCCACAAAAGCCGACAAGAACAACCAGGCGCUUUCUGAGAUGAUCGCCGAAGUCUUGACGUCCAUCAAAAGCAUCAGUGAUCGCCUUGGUGCCGUAGAACAGCAUCUCGCCAUCCAACCGUCAGCGCAGGCUCGUAUCGACUCACCAAAUCCGCCAAGUCAGAGCGACUCAGAUGCAAUGGCUAUAGACAACAAGAACAACAUCGAGGAACUGACAGUUCCCAAACAGCAGACAUGGAAGAUCGGUGACCACACCACAGCAGCUCACAAGUUGUUGCUUCGCUGGCCUUCUAUCCAGCCUCUGGUGCAAACCCGCAAAUGCAACAUCCAGGAGAACUAUGUCAUGAAAGGGGAAGACCGUCCUAUCUUGCUUCUCUAUGGUACUGGCGACAAGCGCCUUAGAGACGAUAUGGUCAAUAUCGGCGCCGCAAGUCCUGCAGGAAGUUCAAAUGGAGAUGAUCUCAUUGCUUCAACCCCUGAGAGUGACCCCAGGCGGUCCGAGCCAUUCACGCCUGGUUCUCCUGUCAUGACUAUGGACAUUGACACCAUCGACAACCUGUUCAGUUCCUACAAGAAGAACAUCCAUCGACUGCAUCCUUUCGUGGACAUUGACAGUAUCGGCAAAUACGUAAAGGAUUUUUUCAAACCGAGGCACUGCGCAGAAGUCAAGAAUCACCACUCGCCAUUGUUUGUGACGAACGGCUCUGGCGAGAGGGAAACCAAGCGCAGAAAGGUACGGAGCGACAACUAUGCUGUUGGUCUUCUGCCAGGAGAGCAUACGAGCAACUCGACACCUCCACAGGCCAAACGCGCGCCGGAAAGAAAUCUUACCAAUGCGAUCGUGUACUUGAUCCUGGCCUUAGGCAAAAUUUGUGAAGCUCCCGAUCCUCUUCCUGGACCAGUCCAAGAAGUCGCUUUGACGAGCAAGCCUAAUUACCUCCACACCACGAUGGCAUCGCCUCCAAUCAAGCCAGCCUUUGCGUCUCCAAGACAUGUCCUCAGUAACGUUGCCAACUCCUCCGCUGAAGUCACGCAGGCUCAAUCUUGGGACGGUACCGUCAACCAAGCGUCGAACAAGAGACAGGUUCAGAACAUCGAAAAGAUAGGUGGACUAGUCUAUUACAGAGAAGCUGCUUCUAUCCUUGGUGAUUUUACGGAUUCGAACGAGCUCGCAGCCGCCCAAGCACGUCUUCUGGCUGGUCUUUACAAAGGUCAACUCGCCAGAGUCCAGGAAAGUUGGAGCUGGAUAAGCACGGCGGCACGGACUUGCCUUUACCGCAUGAAAGUCGAUGGUUUGGACGAUACAGUCAACGACAAGGAAAAAGCACGGAACCUCAACAAGCAUGAAAACUUGACUGUGCUUACCUUCUGGUCGGCCUUGCAGCUUGAGAGUGAUAUCCUUGCCGAAUGGGACUAUCCUCGUAGUGGUCUUCAUCUACUUGAGGGAUCAGUCACUUAUCCUGGGCAGGACAAGCAAAAGGCAGAGACAUGGUCCCCGGAAGACGAGGAGAAGUCCAUUAUAUUGUUGUAUUACUCGGCUCAACUUUAUCUGCGUACGAAGCUGAACAGCAUUCAUACGAAUGUGUAUGGGAGGCAAUUAUCAUUGAAAGAUGAUCCGGAGAAGCUCGCGGGGCUCCUUUGGCAGCAGACAGCAGACUUGGAAGGCUGGCAAAAACUCGUACCUUCAUACUCCUGGACAGACAAUGACCCUCCUGCUUCGGAUAUUGUGGUCGCUCGGCUGAGAGGAAAGUAUUAUGGUGCUUGUUACGUUUGUACUCGACCCUACCUUGACUAUGCUCUGCAUGUCAUGUAUGAGCUCGGAAAUGGCAAUACUCUCGAACAGCUAACCAAAGAUGCCAACGGAAAUCAGCGGGAAGCUGAGCUUGUGCUCUUCACUGCCAUCAACAUGUGGCAUAGCGAAGAAAUGGUCAAGGAUAAAUGCCGCAUCUGUAUCGACUCCGCCAUGCGCAGUACUGUAGCUUUCGAUGGUGUGGAGAAUUUUGGCCACCGCCUGAUAGUCACAAACAUCAUGGGCACCGCUCACGCGCAAUUCGGCAACAUGCUUGUUCUGGCUGCAGUCUAUAACUGCAACAUCGGCUGGCUCAAGGAACUGGUGCCCAGGGAAAAGCUGCAAAGCUUACUUCGUCGCACCAUCGCCUUCAUUAGGCGUUUACAGUAUGCCUCCAGUGUCGCAGUCAGCGACGUUCUGAUACUCGAAGCAAUCGAUCGUGAACUGUUUCCUGAGAGCGACGGUGAUGACCUCUACAAGAAUGAGGGCUUGACUGGCGAUUCUAUCGCAUCUGGCGACUCGUUUCACUCCGUCGACCCCAUCGUCUGA